AUGGCUGACGGGAUACUUUGCCAGGAGUGUCGAGCGCUGGAUAUCUCUGGUCUAGUCCAAGAUCUAGAUGGCUGCGGCUCGUUCCCCCCUCUUCUUCAUCACGCUGACCAUGUUGCUCUGACCACUGCGGUUGCGGCAGGUUGCAAGCUAUGCGAAGUCCUUCUAGCCUCCAUCGUGGGCGAGACGGCAGUAAAACUGGGUCUUGACCCCCACGCCGCCAGUAUGAAGCUCGCUCAGGACGAUAGAGACAACAGCGGAGGCUUUCUAGUCGCUUACAAUCAGUGGGGUGUCCAUUACCAACGUGCUGGUCAGCACCUGGAUUCCCACGAUGACGACGAAGACCCUCUAGAUAUAUGGGAUAACACAUAUGUCAGGACAAGAUGGUGCUCGAUGACUGGACAGACAGAGAGUCUUCCAGGGCGCGUGAUACCGGUCGAUCAUGACUUUGAUCUAUAUAAGAAGUGGAUCUGGGACUGCUCGAAGGAUCAUGAGGCUUGUGGGACUAUAGCAUCACUUGCGCUUCCUUCACGAGUCCUAGACCUUGAAUCACACGAUAGUGGCGGCGAGCUUGGUAUGAGACUGGUGGAAAGUACAAAUAUGCAAGGUAUCUACGUCGCACUCAGUCAUUGCUGGGGCAAGACAAAAAAGCCUGUGACAACAUCUAUCAACUAUGAGGCAUAUCUCAAAGACAUACCGAUGACGACACUGCCGCCAACCUUUUACGACGCCGUGACCGCGACGCGAAAAUUGGGCUUCCGCUACCUCUGGGUUGACUGCUUUUGCAUUGUUCAGGAUAGCAAGCAGGACUGGGAGCGAGAAUGCUCGCAGAUGGCAAGGAUUUUCGCAAAUGCUGCUGUGACGAUUGCCGGACCAGAAGCUGAGAAUUCUGACGCCGGUUUUCUCUUUCCAAGGCCUACUCCUGCGUUCGAGCCCAUCGACUUUCCACUAGAGCUUUCGAAUGAGGGAGAAGCCGAUACAAUUCGUCUCGUUGCUAUGUCGCCGGAAGACGUAGGUGGGGAUACCACAGGUGUGGGGUCAGAGGGCGAUGCUCCACUGCGCUCUCGAGCAUGGGUACUCCAGGAACGACUACUUUCUCAUCGCAACCUCUACUUCGGCCGUCGUCAGACAUACUUCGAAUGUCAGAAAGCAAGUUGGGCUGAAGGGUCCUGGACACAGUGCGUUGUUGCACCCUUUCCACGCGGCAAGACCGAGUUCAGUUCAAGCAGAGCGAUCGAAGAGGACGCAAACAACUGGUAUUCCCUUGUUGGUUACCAUUACAACGAAUGUGGACUUACCGUCUCACAUGACAAGCUCCCGGCACUGUCCGGGCUUGCCAGUAAGUUCCAGGCUUUGCACCAAAGUACGUAUGCCGCCGGUGUCUGGAUAGAAGACUUUCCGAAGUGUCUGGCGUGGAUCAAAUACUUUCGGAUGAAAGCAACGCAGUCCUGGAGGGAUGAGCCAAAGACCGUGAGAUUUGAUACGGUUCCUACCUGGUCUUGGGCACACAUCAAAGGUCUAGUAGUCUGGUGGCAAUACGAGAAGAUUCUGCGAGCGACCCUUCGACUCAAGGCUUAUGACGUAGCUCCUCGAGGUAAAGAUGCUUUUGGUGUCGUAACUCAUGGACGACUCACUCUUGAGGGACACCUAGAGCAAGCUGUGAUCAUGACUGGAGAAGAUUCCCCUUGGCAAGGCAGAGGUCCAAUACUGGACGUUUGUGACCCAUUAGAGCGCAACGCCAAGGUGGCCAUGUUCUUCCCCGACUUCUCAGAGCCAGAGGCAGUCGUUGACUACAGUAAGCCAAGAGCAGUCGUGUGCUUACAGGUCGGUGUGUACGAGUAUGAUAGUAGUGCCGAAAGCGAGCGAAGGGAUUGCUGGAUCGCGCUGGUACUAGUGCCGCUCAUCGAUGAAGAAAACACAUACCAACGGGUUGGAGUUGCAGUCCGCUCACAGUCACCGAAGCAAGGUGAGGUUCUGGUGGCUGCAGCUGGAUGGUUUGAGAAAGCCGAUCUACAUGUUGUUAACCUGGUUUGA